AUGGAAGCCGUUAAUAAGCUGAUUCAACAGUUAAAACACAGAGGAGAAUAUUUUGUUACUGGUCAUGAAAAAUUAACACUUGAUACAGAAAUUCUCCACACUAUUAACACAAGAGUUUUAUCAUCACUACACAAUGAUCAUAUUUUAAAUCAUCACUAUUUAUCUGAAAUUCUAAAAAAAGUCUCUAAGUUAAAAUUACUCAAAUCAUCAAACUUUGAUCUCAAUCAUUCUAUUAAAUUAUCCCCUUUUCAUAGUCUAGUUUAUUUAGAACUUUAUGAUAUAGAUAUAGAAUGUUUGAUAGGUUUGAAUUAUGAAAAAAUUGAAGUUCUUAUUAUACAUGGCUCAUUAAAAUCCUUAGCCGUGUUGUUAAAUAGAAAAUGGGAUAACCUAAAAUAUUUAGCACUUAGGGGCAGCCAUCUUGAAGCUUUAGAUAGGUCAAUAUUACUAGCACCGUAUCUUACAUACUUAGAAGCGCCUAGAAACUUACUAACUGAAGUUGAAAAUAUUGAAAAACUAGAAUGUUUAGACAUUUUAAAUUUAAGCAUUAACAGACUGACUCAAGUACCGAUAUUAAGUGAUUAUGGAGCUAGAAAUUUAACUGUGUUAAUAUUGAGUUAUAAUUGCAUAAAUAAUUUAACAGGUUUAUCAAAAUUGACAAAUUUAAAAGUAUUAGAUUUGUCAAAUAACAUGAUUGUGCAUCAUGAAUCAAUAUCAGCAGUGGGUGAUAUGGCUUUUUUAAAAUAUUUAAAUUUAAAUUAUAAUCCUGUAACUUAUAUAAGGAACCAUAGAGAAAUAACUUGCGGAUAUCUCCAUGAAAAUGCAGCUGUUGAACUUUUUGAACUUGACAAUCGGUUACUUUCAAAAUCAGAAAAACAAUUUGUUGGUCAGUCUUCCAGAUCAUUAGAUCUGUCAUUUUUACAUUAUCAACAGCCUCCUACAAGUGUUAAAGCCAAAAAAAUAAGGUCUCCCGUUAUUGAAGACCAUGAAUGGGAAAAAAGUUGCAUUAUUCAAACUCCUGUGCUACCAACCACAUUAAACAAAGAAAUUCUAAAGUCAGAACAUUUGUCUACCAAAAAAAAAAUUGAAAAUGUACGGGAAAUGUUUGGAGAAGAUAACUGGUUACAUAGUCAUGCUGGAAGUUAUGUUCAAGAUAUUUUGGGUAUCAAACAGCAGUCAGGAAAUGAAUCCUUUUCCAAUGAAGUUCCUGAAGAACAAAUUAUUGAAGACAGUAAUUCAGAAUCUAAUGAUCUUACUGAUCAAAAGGAGGGUAUUAUAUUAUGUAAUGAAUCUAAAUUGGAAAUGGAUAUAGAACCUGAAAUAGUUGAUCAAAUAUUAAAUGUUGACUCAAAUCUAGAAUGUUACACCUUAAACAAAAACGAUGAACCUUUAAAAUUAUCAGAAAAUUAUUGGAGAGCUCAAAAUAUUGAUAUAAAAACAAGCGAAUAUUCCAAUAUUUUAUUAUGUUUAACUGAAAGAGAAUUAAAAGAAAGAAAUUCUGUUGAUGGUAAUUUGAUUGCUACCUGGAGCCGUGAUUCCAUUGAAAGUUGUGUCAAAAUUGGCUUUGAUCCCAUUAAAUUACAAUUAAACUUUAUGACUAUACGAAAAAACCUAAAUCAAAGAGUAUAUACAAUGAGUGAUGAUGAUGCAAAAGAAUUUUCAAAUAUUAUUAGUACGCAGUUAGAAUCAAGAACAUUAAGUGAAAUGAACCAAUUAGUAUUUAAAUGUAUAAAAUGUGCAACAAUAUUUUGUCAAGAAAAUAAUCGAAAUGUUCUUAAAGAAAAAAGAAAAAACUGUUGUCCUAGUUGUGACAGUUAUAUCAUAGUACAAAUAGAAGAAGAAUUUCUUCCAUCUACUUCUAAUAACCUAAUGCAACCCUCAGAAAUAGAUGAGCAACAAUUUGUUGAAGAUAACUCCAAUAAUUCAACACCUAUUAAUUCAAGAUGUAGCUCAGAAGAACCGGAACAACGAAUAUUUUCUAGUAAUGAUAGUGAUAUAGAAGUCAUAAGUAAUCCUAGUGAGAAAUCUGUGGAAAUUCUAGAAGUAAUAUCAAGUACAGAAAACAAACCAGAAAAAUCUCAGUUGACUAUUGAUGUUCGGACUGCAUUAACUGAAAGUAGCUCUUCAGGAUCAAUGACAGACAGUGUGUGUACCGCUUAUGAAAGUCGAAAGCAGCACAACAACAGUUCAUCAACAAUAAAAGGAAGUAACAUCGAUUCUAGGAUUCCAUCGGUAGUGGAUAUGCCCAUUAAGUUCUCUUAUGGUGAUUUUGGUAUCAUUGACCCAAGCUACAAAAAGUGUCUAGACAAUCGUUUGAGUCUUGUAAAAUCCAUAGCUACUCUUCCUUGGAAUGUUGGUCUAGCCAUAUGUGUCAGUCAACCAGAACGAGACAUCAAAUAUUCAUUGUUCUCUAUGUGGCCACAUAUCACCAUACGAUUAAUUGCAUUCUUAGAAAGAAUAAAACCAUUUGAACGACGAGAUGUAUUAGUUUCAUCUCCAAAUACUAAUACUUAUCUAUAUGUCAACAAUAUUCUUUACAAAAAUGAAUUGCACUUACCAAUUAUUCACGUGGUAUUUUGUGAGUGUGCGACAAUCAUCACAGAUAAUGGACUCGUAGAAAUUAUUGACUUACCUGGUAUAGUGAUUACCGAAUAUGAACUGGUAGUAUUAGGGUGUGAAUGUGCGUGGCUGAUACCUUACGAUGAACAUUUCACCACAUUAGCUCAUGGUCAACAAAUUAGUACAUUCAAUCGCAUUGAUAAAAACGAAGAGACACUUGGUUUACACUUUAAUGGCAACGUAUCAUGGUUAUUAAUAGUAAAUCAUAUUGAAGCCGAACACAUGAUGGAUGAAACAAUAAGGAUAUUAACUAACGCUAAACAAAAAUUGUGUUCUGCCAUGCAAAUGGCCAAUUUAAAUUGCUCAACUUAG